AUGGAUCACACAGAGAUGAGGGCAGAGGACAAUGCCUCCACAGUGACACAAUUCAUCCUUCUGGAUUUCUCUGACCUUCCCAACCUCCAGGGGUUUCUGUUUGUAAUGUUCUUCUUAGUUUACUUAAUUAUCCUAAUUGGAAAUAGCUUCAUAAUUGUGAUAACCAGGCUUGAUCAGGCACUACAGAGACCCAUGUAUUUUUUCCUGGCAAAGUUUUCUUCUCUGGAAAUCUGUUAUGUAUCAGUCACUCUUCCUAGGAUUCUGUUCAACAUUGGUACUCAAAAUAGAAGUAUAUCUGAACUAGCUUGUGCCACACAAACAUGCUUUUUCCUUAUGCUGGGAGCCACUGAGUGUUUCCUUCUGGCUGUGAUGUUCUAUGACUGCUAUGUGGCUAUCUGCAACCCUCUGCACUAUCCCUUGAUCAUGAACCCAAUGAAGUGUACUCAGCUUGCAGCAGGUUCAUGGCUCAGUGGCAUCCCUGUCCAGAUAGGACAAACCUAUCAGAUAUUCUCUCUACAUUUUUGCAAUUAUAACCAAAUUAACCACUUCUUCUGUGACUUACCUCCAAUUCUCAAGUUGGCUUGUGGAGACACCUUUAUUAAUGAGCUGUCUGUCUACUUAGUGGCUAUUCUGUUUGCUGCAGUCCCUUUUAUGUUGAUACUUGCUUCUUAUAGCAAAAUCAUUGGCACAAUUCUGAAGGUGCCAACAGCCACAGGACGAGCAAAAGCCUUUUCCACAUGUUCUUCUCAUUUGCUUGUGGUGGUUUUGUUUUUUGGAUCAGCUACUGUCACUUACUUAAGGCCCAAGUCCACACAUUCUCCAGGAACUGACAAACUGCUCUCUCUGUUCUACACGAUUGUGACCCCCAUGUUCAACCCCCUGAUAUAUAGUCUUAGGAACAGGGAUAUGAUUGCUGCACUUAGAAAAUUAUUAUUUAAAAUAUAG